AUGCAGGCACCGGUACACAAGAAGGCUCCGCCACCGGCGGCGCCGGUAAAGCUCCGCCGCUUCAGCUUCAGGAAGCUCCUCCGGAUUACCGAAGAAUGGCCGGUCGAGAUGGACUUCGUGCUGGUCAUCUUCGCCAUCUGUGCACCGAAGCUACGACGCGCUGUGCAACCCGUACUGGGAAGUCGGCGCAAAGAGAAACGUGCGUGCGACUUCGCGGAAAAGCUUGCGACUCUGCUUGUUGCUGGACUAUGCAUGCACAUCGUGCACUUUGCAGAUGAGACUCAGACUCGGCUUCACGUGUAUGCUGUCUAUGUGAGCAGUGCUUCCGAUCUCAGGAGUUCAAAGAAAUGCUCUGGUGAAGAGGGUCCGAUCCACGUCGAGGGCCUCCAGACCUUCACGAAGCUCUCGGCCGUGUGCUGUAUUCUGGACGUCUUUGAACGGCCGACUCGGCUUCUGAAUGCACUACCAGUUGCCGUUCACUGGGACACUGCCCCCUUGUUGGAAUGGACUGUGGGCGAGGUUGCGGGGGCACUGCCCUUGGCCGUCGGGGGUGGCGGAGACUUAGACUUAGGCUUUGCUUUGGUGGCCACGUCACCCUCAGCCACAAAACGUCGUGAACGAUGCCUGUGCACAAUGGCGCUGGCUUGGGGUGAACCGGGUCCACUGGACCGGAUGGAGCCGGGACUUCGGCUGGCGACGUGGGCGCUUCAGACGUGCGAGUGCUCAGGUUCAGUUUCGACCGUGUCUGGCACAGGGGCUGUCGGUGCACCGGCCGACUCGGCCGCGGACAAAGGCCCGUCCGCGUGCGCCAACGAACAUGCGGUGGGCGGACCUCGCAGCAUUUGUCAUGUGCCGCCAGCCAUUAUCGCAGCGCAAAAUCAUGAGGAUGUGUCAUCCCUUUCGUAUGCACCUUCUUUACCGGACCCCUCCAGUGACGCUGAUCCCCAAGGAGAUGCCGUCGAAGAAAUUGACCUCGAUGAGCCUCGUGAGUCGCCUCAAGCACGCACGCUCCCGGUCCCCGACACGCCGACGCUUGAGCAGCGUGCGUUGCACAACCCCACACACGCACCGUAUGCACCUUGGUGCCAUCAUUAUGUCAGUGGGAAGGCUCCUGAGUCCGGUCACCGCCGCCAAAACAAGCAUGAGGACAAAGAAGUGCCCAUCUUGCAAUUCGAUUAUCAAUUCUUCGGCCGUGAUGGCCAACUCGUCGAAGAAGAAAGUCGCGCAGCGACAGCACUGUGUGGCACGGACACGUCUUCUGGAUGGCCAUUCAUGGUGUUCGUCCCACAGAAGGGAUCAAAUGCCUACGUGGUCAGAGAUGUGGUGUCGUGGAUCAAACGGUUGGGGUAUGCCAAAGUUGUGUUUCAGCACGACCAAGAGUCGGCCUUGCGAAGCGUGGCAAAGCAAGUUCAACACGAAUUAGGACAUGACCAUGUACACAUCCGUGCGUCUCCACGUUACAGCCAUGCCAGCCAAGGCGGAGUGGAAAACUGUAACCGCAUACUGGCUGGAAUGCUUCGCACGUGGUUGUCAGCAUUGAACGAGGCCUAUCCGCAGACGCGUGAGCCACUGGACAUUAACCAUGCCGUGGUUCCUUGGCUCUGCCGCUGGUGUGCUUUCGUGUGGGCACGAUACCAUGUGCAAGCGGAUAAAAUGACGCCAUUCCGCAUUGUCUCUGGGCGGGAGUACACAACUCCAAUCGUGCAAUUUGGGGAGGUUGUUUUAGCCAAAGACCCAAACACAAAAGCCCUGAAUAAGGCGAAACCGAGGUGGUUUAAGGGGGUAUUUGUAGGUCGUCUAGAGCUUGAUGAUUCAGCCGUGCUGUUAACCGAUGCUGGAGCAAUCGCAGUUCGGACUGUCAGGCGCCUACCCUUCGAAGAUCAACACGAUCGGACGUACCUUGAUGCCGCAUGUGGAUUGCCUUGGUCGCCCAACGGCAAACGCACGAAGGUCCAAGCAGAGGCGAGCAAAGUCGUCGCUGUGCCAGCCCCUGCUGCUGAACCCGUUUCUGUGCCGCCGAGCCAACCGGCAGCGUCACGUCCAAAUCAGGUUGAAUCUGAAACUGCCCUGCUCCGUCCUCCGGCAAUGCCUGAUGUUGUGGUAUCCGACACAGGGAUUCCUGCAAGUGCCCGUGACAGCCCGGUCCCAGGCCCUCCUCUAUCAGAAGCACAAGGCAUGACCCCAGACAGCUCGCAUCGCAUGACCAUGACUCCGCCAACACCCCCAUCACCGUUUGCGCACGAUGUUCCAUCAACAGUGGCACGUGACGUCCCGAGGCCAAACUCCCCUUUUCGGGGAUCGGGUUCUUUUCACGUCGAGCGUGAACUCGCCACACCGACAGGCGUCAAUGCAGUGCCACGGCCAAAUCCUGCUGCCGGUGUGGACAAGCGUUCUCUUCCAGAGCCAUCGGAACCCACAACUGCUGCCGCAGAAUCAAUGCCGAAGGUUCCCAAGGUUGGAACCAUUAGUAGUGUUUUGCAGCAGAUCCAGGAGUGGGCGCGCGAUGGCCAGUGGGAGCAAAAAGUAUCAUCCGUCCUUGAUUUGCUUGACACGCAGCUUGACCCGCGUGAAGUUGAGAAAGCAAGGAAUGCCCAAAUGGCAACACUUGUUGAAAAGGGUUUUGCCAUCCCGAGGUUGAAUUCAAACAUGCCCCGCAAAUCCAAGUUGUUCAACUACAAAUGGGUGGAUGAGAUCAAGCGUGGAGUUUAUCGUUCGCGGUUUACUUGUGCUGAUGUCAAAAAGAAGUACUCCAAACAAGAACUGGAGGAGGAAACAAACACGUUUGCACCAACACCGUACGAAGAAUCCCAUAUUCUUCUUGAGCUCAAGUGCCUCAAAAACGGCUGGCACAUGAUGUGA